AUGUUCCCUGCUGGCCCUGCUCCGCGGCCGAGGCUCCGAGUCCUGCGGGCGCUGUGGGCACUGCUGGUGGUGCUGUUGGCACCGUGGAGGUUGUGGGCGAUACAGGAAACCCAGGAGUGCACCUGGCAGGUUGUCCUGAACAACUUAGAGUCAGUAGGCAAGAACGACGCGAUCGAUCAUUUCGUCGAUCAAGAGCUGUACACAGUGGACAAAGUGUUCGACCUGCUAGUGGACGCGCCCAUCGACCGGGACGAGGUGAGGGGACUAGGGGCAGGCGAAUGGGAGAGGUCCUGGAGCUGCACCCUUCUGGGCUCUGGACAUUUGCUCACCAUCUCUUUGCAGACAUACUUGGGCUUUCCUUACUACCUGAAGAUCAACUACUCCUGCACAGGAGAAGUGUCCUCUGAGGCCCUGGUCCGCAAGGGCCACCUGACAGGGCUGAAGCCAGUGGUGCUGGUCACCUUCCAGUCCCCAGUCAACUUCCAUCGCUGGAAGAUAGAGCAGCUGCAGAUCCAGAUGGAGGCAGCCCCCUUCCGCAGCCCAGAGAGAUGUGACGCAGAGGAGGUGUGUCUCAUGAGCUGGUACACGCCCAUGCCCAUCAAGAACGGCAGCGUGGUCAUGCGCGUGGAUGUUAGCAGCAAUGGCCUGGGGCCCUUCAUUCCUAAUAAAAGGUUUCAUGUGAACAUCAACGGCUUCCUGGAGGGUGGGCGAGACCGUGAACUCCAAUUCACUGUGGGAAAUGAGCUCUUCCAUCUGAUACCCCAGUACUUUGCGAAUGUCCCAUCGAGGCCGCUGUGGUACACUGUGGACCAGACACCCGUGCUCAUCCUGGGUGGCAUCCCUGAGGAGAAGGCCAUCCUACUGACCGACACAAACUUCAAGGACUUCUUUCUCGUGGAGUUGAGCAUUGACAGUUGCUGGGUAGGCUCCUUCUACUGCCCCCAAGCCAGCUUCACCGCCACCAUCUACGAUGCCAUUGCCACUGAGAGUACCCUCUUCAUCCGGCAGAACCAGCUCAUCUACUAUUUCACAGGCACCUACACCACACUCUACGAGAGCAAACGUGGCAGCGAGAGAUGGGUUCGAGUCCUGGCUAACGAGUGUAUCAAGAGGUUGUGCCCCGUGCAUUUCCACAGCAAUGGCUCUGAGUAUGUGAUGGCCCUCAGCACUGGCAAGCACGAAGGUUACGUCCACUUUGGGACCAUCACAGAUGGCCUCGUGUCCUUCCAGUUGCUGCCCAGGCAUCGGUCCGUGUGCAGUGCAAUUCUAGUUGUCAGCUGCUCCGUCACCUGGGCCGUAUUCGUUGCUGGUGACUACAAUCUACUGAUGCUGGUGGAGAUUGUAGGCCCUGCCUCCUCGAAGUAUUUCCAGGUGGUCAGCUAUGACCUGGUCAAUGAUUACCUGGUUGUGCUCUACACCAUCCCGGAAUUCAUCCCUGACGCUCGAGGCCUGGAGUUCCUGAUGAUUCUAGGGACAGAGUCCUAUACCAACUUUCCGAUGGUCCCCAAGGGCAUGUCCUACAACCCAUAUAACAACCUGCUGUUCAUCUGGGGCAACUUCCUCCUCCAGAGUUUUAACAGUGACAACUUCAUUUACCUGGCGGACUUCCCCAAGGAGCUGUCCAUCAAGUACCUGGUGAACUCGUUCCGAGGGGACAUGGCCAUUGUCACCGAGAAUGAGGAGAUCUGGUAUCUCCUGGAGGGCAGCUACCAUGUGUACCAGCUGUUCCCGUCCAAGGCCUGGGAGGUGUACAUCAACCUCCAGGUUCUUCAGCAGUCCUCUCUCUACGCCCCCAAUGAGACCAUGGUCACCCUCUUCUAUGAAGACAACAAACUGUACCAGCUGGUGUACCUGAUAGACAACCAGCAGGGCAGGCUCGUCAAGAGGCUCAUGCCCGUGGAGCAGCUACUGGUAUACCAGCAGAUCAGUGAUGAAUAUGUCUUGGAAAGGCAAGGGAGCCACCUGACGCUGUCCUUCUCCAACUUCUGCCCCUUCACGGUGAUGCGUCUGCGGGAGCUGCCCAACCCGAAAAUCUACACGCGCCAGGAGCGCUACCGCGCGCAGCCGCCGCGUGUCUCGGAGCCCUGGGGCUUCCACAGCGAGAACUCGCUGGCUGUCUAUCAGGGCCUCGUCUACUACCUGCUCUGGCUGCACUCGAAGUACGACAAGCCAUACGCGGACCCAGCGCACGACCCAACCUGGCGCUGGUGGAAGAACAAGAAGCAGGACCAGGAUUACCACUUCUACCUGGCCAGCAACUGGCGGAGCGCGGGCAGUGUGCACGUUGACAUGACCAGCUACGAGAAGAUCUACGACCUCAAGGCCGAGAACGAGCUGCCCGAGCGCAUCUUCCUGGACAAGGGUACCAGCUACAGCUUCUCAGUCUUCCUGACCGCCCGGAAGCCAGAAGUCCUGCACGGCCCCUCCUUCCAGGUGCUGAGCCCGGUGGAUCUGGCUGUGGUGCUGGCGGACCCCCACUGCAUUGAGGCAAUAGUGAAGGAGAAGGUCCUUGUUAAUCUCACCUCGGUGCUUUUCUGGGUUAAGCUCAGUGAUAAAAGGUCUUGCUUUGACCAGGGAAUUAGUGGACAUCACCUCAUGAAGACCUCCAUGCUCGUCAAGGUGUUGGGCUCGUCUGGGCACUGCUUCCAGAACACGAACCAGGGGCCCCGUAUGCAAAGCAACCUGAUGGUGCCAGUGCUUAUUGGCUGCCCUCCAGGCAAGCGCCUGGCCUUCGACAUCACUUACACGGUGCAGUACAACCGCGUGCAGAACAAACACUACUUUGACUGCGUCAAAGUGGACCCGGAGAUGCCCUGCUUUCUCUUCCGGGACAUCUUCUACCCAUUCUUCUUGAUCCAAGAUUUGGUGACGGGCGAUUCUGGCAGUUUUCAGGGCAGCUACGUGCUGAAGGUGGUGGGCGGCGGGCCCACCCUUGACACCAUCAAGGAAUACAGCGAGGAGGAAAUCUACCGCUUCAACAGCCCGCUGGACAAGACUGGCAGCCUCAUCUGGACCACGGAGAACACAAUGACCACCGAGGACUUGUCCUUCAACAUCAUGUCCCACAACAGUUUAGGCAUCGAGUGGCUAUGUCAGGAGAACUCGCCGUGCCAUGACACCAUUCCCUACCACAUCUUUGCCCCUGAAUUCUUCUUCAAGGUGUUGGUGAGCAAUAGAGGCGUGGACAAGAGCACCUAUUGUGACUACCAGCUCACCUUUCUGCUGCACAUCCACGGGCUCCCGCUCAGUGCCAGGCGGGCCUUCCUCAUCCUCCUGGUGUCAGCCAGCUUGUUUGUCGGCCUGGUGAUUCUCUACAUCGUCUGCUGCCUUCUGUCGCCCUACAUGGUGAAGUUUUGCAGUAUCCUUCGAUGGAAGAUCAACAGCAUCAUUGGCUUAGAAUCUUACUACACCUACAGUACGCCCUCCGACAGCAGGGCCUUUAGCCACUCCGGGACCGUGUCUUGGAGAAACUCCAGGCUAAACUCCAGGGUUUUCUACAAGGGAGCAGAGGAGCACAAGGCUGAAACUUAA